AUGUACAUAGAACAGUACGAAAACGGUGGUGGCUACGCCUUGCAUGCUUACGCUGACGAAAUCGCUCGUUUGUCUAAGGAUGAGGUUAAUCUACUUGCCAAGAAGUUUUUCCGCAACCUCUUCCUCGAAAGGCGGAAAAAAGGUGUGGCCGUGCCUUUUUCAUACUUUUGCAUUGGUGUUGUCCACGGAGCGGCGAAAGUUAUGCCGGAACUUCUGCAGUACAUGACAGAAAAGCAUCCGUCGCUUGUGGUCACAACUAAUCCACUGGAGGCAAAAAAUGCAUCCUGCACAACUCCUCUUAAGGACUUUUGUGACGCUGUGUUCAGAACCUAUUGCAAUGGACUUUAUCGUCAUGGCCCAAUGCAUUCAGUAAGUCUUGUCGGCGUCAAAGGUGAAGAACGAGGAAAGUUUUGCCAAGAUGUCCUAGAUAUGAUAAGUCGUGAUCCCUUUCUGCGGCUAGUUCUUCCUUGGGGUGAGCUGUCCUCUCUUCAUGGUAUGGAUCCACAUAAAAGUGACGAUGGACCAAUUCUGUGGGUACGUCCUGGCGAACAAGCUCUUCCUCUUCACGGAUCCUUGCAAAAAACUCGAAGCAGGUACGCCACACCUUAA